GAAGUCCCACAUCAAGUCUCUCAUUAACACACAAACAAUAGCAUAAUGGACAAUUUCUAUGAAGAGCUUCAAGAGCCAGUGAGUCCUCCAGGACAAUAUUUCAGCAGCUCAGUGUUUUGUUCCUAUGUUUUUAGCUUUCUGGAAAUAGCAAUUCCAAUUGAUGACUUACCAGCUAUAACUUUGCUUAAGGAUGUCUUCCUCCCUAUCAACCCACGCUUCUCCUCUAUCAUGGUCAGAGACAGAGAUGGUAAAAUGAGAUGGAAACGGGUUGAAGUGAAGCCUGAAGAGCAUGUAAAGAUUCCAAUAUUUCCUGAAAACACUUCAUCUGAAUUAUAUGACCAAUAUCUUAGUGACUAUGUGUCAAGGAUUCUAACAGAAAGAACACCUCAAAACAAACCACUGUGGGAAGUCCAUGUCAUCAAGUAUCCAACAAGCAAUGCUGCUGGCACCAUAAUUUUCAAACUUCAUCAUGCGCUUGGAGAUGGUUAUUCCCUCAUGAGUGCUCUUCUUUCUUGUUUACAAAGAGCUGAUGACCCUUCUCUUCCACUAUCUUUUCCUUCAAGAACACAAUCACAUUCACAAUAUGCAAAGAAAAGCUUGUUUAAGAAGUUACCUUCAGUUAUCUCCUCCUUUUUUAGCUCCAUAUCAGAUUUUGGGUCCAGCUUAAUGAAGGCAAAAAUGACUAAAGAUGACAUAACACCCAUAAGGUCUGGAUAUGAAGGAACUGACUCUCAGCCUUUUACCUUGUCAAGCAUAUCAUUAUCUCUUGAUCAUAUCAAAGGAAUCAAGUCAAAGCUUGGAGUGACAAUAAAUGAUGUGAUUUCCGGGAUCGUCUUCUAUGGGAUUCGGCUUUACAUGCAAGAGAUUAACAAGAAGACAAAAUCUUCCAAUUCCACAGCUGUGGUAAUGCUCAAUACAAGAAAUAUUAGAGCUUACCAAUCAGUCAAGGAAAUGCAAAAACCUGAGGCCAAAGGUCUUUGGGGGAAUAAAAUUUCUUUCUUGCAAGUAGCAAUACCUAAGCUAAGCCAAUCAAGAAUCUCCAACCCUCUUGAGUUUGUUUGGAAUGCCCGUAAACUAAUCAAGAGGAAGAGACGUUCUUUCAGUGUUUAUCUCAUAGGUUUGUUCUUGGAUCUUGAGAUGAAAUUAAGAGGACCCGAGGCUGUAGGUAAAACACUCUACAACACUCUUGGGAACUCUAGUAUUGUUAUCUCAAACAUACUUGGGCCAGUAGAACAAAUGGCUUUGGCAAAUCAUCCUAUAAAAGGCUUGUAUUUCACCAUGACUGGUGGACCUCAGAAUGUAAACAUUACAAUUAUGAGCUAUGAGAGAGUAUUAAGAAUCACCUUGAGAACACUAAAGGGAUUCAUAGAUGAACAGAAAUUCAAGGGCUUUGUGGAGAAGGCCUUUGAAGACAUAUUCAAGGAAGCUAUGGAGAUCUCCGAGAUACCCAACAAAAAUUAAUUGGGACAUAUUCAUACAUAAUUCUACGUACAGAUAUAUGUUGAAGCGAGAUUUGGGAUGCAAAUAACAGGAUAUUAAUCAUUAAUCCAGAGAGAGUCACAUUAAUAAUACAUAGCUGCUUAAUUAUUGUAAUUGAGUUUUAGAAUAAGAAUGUGUCUUUUAGACAAGGAAGAUGGAGAAAUCCAGUGUAGCUUCUCUAAAAUACAGUUUCUAUCACUUUCCAAAAACUUGCUCCGUACAAUAUUGUUUAUUUUAGUGUGGAAAUUUUCUAUUUAAAUGAAACAAUUUUACAUUUUAUUUAGUCAAGUGUAUGUAUUAUGGCUGAGA